UAGCGGGUCGUUGAACGACAGAGAAAGAGAAAUCUUUCCGCUCAAGAGGGAAAUUUUUCCGUCGUUCGGAAAAAACAGAGACGUUCCUCGCAAGCCAGAACCUGAUUGUUUCACCUUCCUCUCAUUUCUCCAUUUUUCUCCGUCUACAAGAUGUCCUCUGUUUCUCAAUUCAGCGAGAACGAACCUUCUUCUUCACAGGAUUCAAAUCCAUGCCCCAUAUGCCUCGGUCCUUUCAUUCAGGAAUCGUAUCUAGAUUCUUGUUUCCAUAAGUUCUGUUACAACUGCAUUUUGCGUUGGACUAAAGUAGUCGCUGGCAAGCAUUCUCGUGCGCCUUCUUCUGUGAAGUGUCCUUUGUGCAAGACGGAAAAUCUUUCAAUAAUCUAUGGGUAUGAUGGAAGUUCAUUCCAAAGGCAUUGUAUAAAUGAAACUCAUGAGCAUAGUUCUUUCUUUUCAAAAGCACACAAGUACAGAUUACGAUGCUAUUAUACUGAACCAGGUACCUUGAGCAACAUAGUUAAUGUAUCGCGAUAUUGGAAGUCCCGAAAGUAUCUUCAGCCUAAUCAGUGGCUUCAAAGUUGGUUGAAAAGAGAAAUUCAAGCUCUUUUGCAGGAAGAGAAUGUUGACAUUAUUAUACAUCAUAUUCUUGGUGUGGUUGAUUCAUUCCUGAAAAGGAGCAAUCAACUUCAUGAAAUGAUGACAUCUGAAACCAAACAAGAAGAGUUCAAGACUCUAGUUUGUGAUGCAGCAAGGCCUUUCCUAGCUGCAAGAACAGACAGAUUUGUGAAUGAGUUGGAAUUGUUUCUUGCUUCAGGUUUCAAUAUUGAAGCUUACGAUGAUGUUUACAUACAGCAGCUGGGUUGGAACACUCCUGGAGCGACUGGUGAGUCUGCAGAUGUAGAACCUAGUGUAGCCAUACCAGCAGUCCCAUACUUGUAUAUCUUUGAUGAUGACUCUGAUGAAACCGACUGAGGCUGCAGGAGUAGAACCCUAUGAAUGGACGCCCAGCAAGCCCGAGUUCUAUGCCUUGGUUGACAACUGUGAUGAAGUUGAUUGAAACCUUUAUUUCCAAUGUAGAACCACACAACUUCCAUUACUCUGUAUCUCAAAUUUCAAGUGUAUGUGCUGCCGAUACAUAUACAUAUAUAUAGAUUAGAGCAUGUAAUGCAGAUUAGCUUGUAAUUGAGAUUGAAACUGUUUUUUCAGCAUAGCGCUUUUUUGAAUA